AUGGAUGAAUCAAGCAACAUACCAUCUUGGGCAGAUCAAUCGGGGAGCGAUUCAGUUCAAUCUAACAAGCCUAAAGGUCCAGGGUCGCAAUGGCAAGCUCUCAAUGUUGGCCCUGAUAUGAUACGCUCGUUACUGCUCCGCAAGUUCAAAAACCCUACUCCGAUCCAACGUGCGAGCAUACCAGGAGCCUUGUCAACACCGCCCAGAGACAUCCUCGCCAUGGCUCGUACAGGAUCCGGCAAGACAUUGGGAUAUUUGAUUCCUCUGCUGGAACGUAUUGGAUCAACGCAUUCACCAUCCACCAACCCUCGAGCUUUGAUCAUGUGUCCGAGCAGAGAAUUAGCAAUGCAAAUCUUGACUGUGGGCAAAGAUCUGGCGAGAGGCAUGACUAAAGGAAAGGGGAAGGAAACCGAGAACCUCAGGUGGGCUCUCAUCAUGGGAGGUGAAAGUAUGGAAGGUCAAUUUGAGAAGAUGUCACAAAGCCCCGACAUGUAA